CCCCGGGGCCGCCCUCGGGGAUGGCCCCGCAGCGGGCAGGAGCCGCUCGCUGAGGGCAGCGCCGCCGGCCGCGCAGCCCGAGUCCCCCAGCCCAGCCCCGUCCCGUCCAGCCCCGUCCCGCCCCGUGCCGUGCCCCGGCGGAGCGAUGGCAGAAGCCGCGGGCGGCCGGGAGCAGCCGGCGCCCCCCGACGCCGCUCCCCGCGCCGACGAGGAGCCCGAGGCGGCCCCUCACGAGGCGGCGGCGGGCAGGAGGCGGGAGCGCCGCAGCGGGGUGCCGGCCGUCGGGGCCGCCGAGCGCUUCCCCGGCGGCAGCCCGGGGCCGGCGGCAGCCCCGGAGCCCGACGCCGGCCUCCUGGAGGCGGCCCGGGCCGCCCCGCGGCGCAGCAGCAUCAUCAAGGAUCCUUCAAACCAAAAAUGUGGAAGAAAGAAAACUGUGUCCUUCAGCAGCAUGCCAUCAGAGAAGAAAAUAAGCAGCGCCAGUGACUGUAUCAGCUUUAUGCAGGCUGGGUGUGAACUGAAGAAAGUUCGUCCAAAUUCCCGGAUUUAUAACCGUUUUUUUACUCUGGAUCCUGACCUGCAGGCUCUUCGCUGGGAGCCUUCCAAGAAGGACCUUGAGAAAGCCAAGCUUGAUAUUUCUGCUAUAAAAGAAAUCAGACUAGGGAAGAACACAGAAACAUUCAGGAAUAAUGGACUUGCAGAUCAGAUUUCUGAGGACUGUGCUUUGUCGGUAAUUCAUGGUGAGAACUAUGAGUCCCUCGACCUGGUUGCCAAUUCAGCUGAUGUGGCCAAUAUUUGGGUAUCAGGAUUAAGGUACUUGGUUUCUCGUAGCAAACAACCCCUGGAUUUGAUGGAAAGCAGCCACAAUACCCCACGAUUUGCCUGGCUAAAAACUGUAUUUGAAGCAGCAGAUGUUGAUGGUAAUGGCAUAAUGUUAGAAGAUACAUCUGUGGAGCUAAUAAAGAAGCUUAACCCUACCUUAAAGGAAUCAAAGAUUAGAUUGAAAUUUAAGGAAAUCCAGAAAAGCAAAGAGAAACUGACAACACGAGUAACAAAAGAGGAAUUCUGUGAAGCAUUCAGCGAACUUUGCACGAGACCUGAAGUUUAUUUCUUACUUGUGCAGAUAUCUAAAAACAAGGAGUACCUAGAUGCCAAUGAUCUCAUGUUGUUUUUAGAGGCUGAGCAAGGAGUAACCCACAUAACGGAAGAAAUGUGUCUAGAUAUUAUACGCAGGUACGAGCUUUCUCAAGAAGGACGAUUGAAAGGUUUUCUUGCAAUUGAUGGAUUUACUCAGUAUUUGUUGUCCCCAGAAUGUGAUAUUUUUGACCCAGAGCACAAAAAGGUUGUCCAAGACAUGACACAGCCUUUGUCCCAUUACUACAUCAAUUCAUCCCACAAUACAUACCUGAUAGAGGACCAGCUGAGAGGACCAGCUGAUAUCAAUGGGUACGUAAGAGCUUUAAAGAUGAGCUGUCGGAGUAUUGAACUAGACAUCUGUGAUGGCCCAGAUAACGAGCCCAUUAUUUGUAACCGUAACAACAUGACAUCGCCACUUUCCUUUCGAAGUGUUAUUGAGGUGAUAAACAAAUUGGCCUUCUUUGCUUCAGAUUACCCCCUUAUUCUCUGCUUGGGGAACCACUGCUCGGUACAACAACAGAAGUUAGUGGUACAGCACAUGAAAAGGAUCUUUGGAAACAAACUCUACACAGAGACACCUUUAUCCUCAGAAGCCUACCUUCCCUCACCUGAGAAACUGAAAAUGAAGAUCAUUGUGAAGGGGAAGAAGCUGCCCUGUGACCAGGAUAUAUUAGAAGGAGAAGUCACAGAUGAAGAUGAAGAAGCUGAAAUAUCCCGGAGACUGUCAGAGGACUUCUCAAGGGAACCGAAGCUUAUCUGGCUCUGCAAAGAGUUGUCUGACUUGGUGUCUCUAUGCAAAUCUGUCCAAUACAAAGACUUUGAGACAUCCAUGAAAGCUCAGAAUUACUGGGAAAUCUGUUCCUUUAGUGAGGCAGAAGCCAGUCGGAUUGCAAAUGAAUACCCUGAAGAUUUUGUCAACUACAACAAGAAGUUUCUCUCCAGGGUGUACCCAAGUGCUAUGAGGAUAGACUCUAGUAACUUAAAUCCUCAAGAUUUUUGGAACUGUGGUUGCCAGAUAGUGGCAAUGAACUAUCAGACCCCGGGGCCCAUGAUGGACCUGCACACCGGCUGGUUCCUACAGAACGGGGGAUGCGGGUACGUUCUCAGGCCUUCGGUCAUGCGUGAUGAAGUGUCUUAUUUCAGUGCGAAUACAAAGGGCAUUGUUCCGGGGGUCUCUCCCCAAGUCCUCCAUGUCAAAAUAAUCAGUGGUCAGAAUUUCCCAAAGCCCAAGGGUGCAUGUGCAAAAGGGGAUGUCAUAGAUCCCUAUGUUUGCAUAGAAAUCCAUGGGAUUCCUGCAGAUUGCACCGAGCAAAGAACUAAAACUGUUCAGCAAAACAGUGAUAACCCCAUUUUUGAUGAGAGCUUUGAGUUCCAGAUCAAUCUGCCGGAGCUGGCCAUGAUCCGUUUUGUUGUUUUGGAUGACGACUACAUCGGGGAUGAGUUCAUAGGCCAGUACACCAUCCCGCUGGAGUGCCUGCAGCCCGGAUACAGGCACAUACCGCUGCGGUCUUUCGUCGGCGAUAUCAUGGAGCACGUUACCCUCUUCGUGCACAUUGCAAUAACCAAUCGCAGCGGAGGCGGAAAGGCCCAAAAGCGCAGCCUCUCCGUGAGAAUAGGAAAGAAAGCCAGGGAGUACACCAUGCUGAGGAACACCGGUCUCAAGACUAUUGAUGACAUCUUUAAGCUGGCCGUGCAUCCGCUCCGAGAGGCCACCGACAUGAGAGAAAACAUGCAGAACGCCAUGGUGGCCGUCAAAGAGCUGUGCGGGCUCCCGCCCAUCGCGAGCCUGAAGCAGUGCAUCCUGACCCUGUCCUCGCGGCUGGUGAGCAGCGAGAACACGCCCUCCGUGGUCCUCUGCAUGAAGGAUGCGUUUCCUUACCUGGAGCCUCUGGGUACCAUGCCUGACGUGCAGAAAAAGGUCCUGGCUGCAUAUGACCUGAUGAUUCAAGAGAGCAGGGUUCUUAUCGAGACGGCAGACAUCACUCAUGACAAGAUCGUUCAGUGUCAGAAAGCAGGGAUGGAAUUCCAUGAAGAGCUCCAUAACCUCGGCACAAAGGAAGGCUUGAAAGGAAGAAAAUUAAGCAAAGCCAUUGAAAGCUUUGCAUGGAAUAUCACAGUGCUGAAGGGCCAAGGUGACCUCCUGAAGAACGCCAAGAAUGAAGCCCUGGAGAACAUGAAGCAGAUCCAGCUGGCCUGCCUGUCCUGCGGACUGAGCAAAACUGGAAGCGGGCAUGCAGAUGCAAAGUCAAAACGGUGCCUGGAAGCAAUACAGGAGAAGGAUACAGGAGAUGAGAAUGGGAGGCUGUGAUCACAGGCAGAACUGUCGCAUUUGUCACAGAUUUCAAUAACUCUAAACUAUUUUUUUAAAGCAUUUAAAAAUUCACACAGGAAUGCCCUCUACAGGGUGUUGAUAGUAUUAAAAUCCUCACAAUGUCAGUAUUUUAAUGCAGUUAAUUUAUCUAAGUUAAACUCUGGUAGUGAGAUUUCUAAUGAAGCCAAGCUGUCUGUACGCAAGCGUGCGUGUGUGCGCACAUGCAAAUCUUCUAGACGCCCUUUCAUGCGUUACGUUAGCCAUUUGCUAAUUUAUUCCUUUCUCAUCUUUGAAUAGGCCUGUUCAUUCUGAAGAUCAAAACAAAUAGAGAGUACUUGUAUCGGUUUUGUGCUUUAUUUUAGUCUCCAGCUUUUAUCAUUUAACUUAUAUUACUGUUAAGCUGUUUAAACAAACAAAGUGCAUCAACAAAUGUCACUAAUGGCUGUUUUUGUCGGGGCAAAAACAGAGGUUUGCUGCAGAUCCUGAACAUGGUUUUUAAUGAACAAUUCAAGCAAAGGAUAUAUUAAAUGGUCAGAAUUAUUGGAUAGAUUAUGAUUAGAUUUCAGGUGUACAUUUCAUUGAAUUUUAGCAAACUGCAAUUUGGGGUACAUCCAGAUAACAGAUGUUAAUGUAAGAACUAGCUGAUUUAUUUCAUUCUAGUGAAUCAUUGCUACCUUGUAGAUCUGCAGGACAGCUACAGUCUUUGCUGAUAAGCAUUUAACUCGUGUAGUGAUGAACAUAGCUAGUCAGCCCUGUAGUUACAAGGAGCUGUGAAUAUUCUUCAGUGAUUGUGAACUCUGAAGGUGAGCUUCAGGUCCUUCUGGAACACCCGAUGGUGCCAGUAUUGGAAGGAAGAUUUUAUAAAUUUCACAAGCUGUGAGCUUUACUAGAAGAGGUGUGAGAGGUCAGAUCUUGCUUGCCUUCUACUUAGUGAUCCUGUUGAAGUCAGUGGGAUAAAACAGGCAGGAUCUGGCCUUAUGUUUGUGGUUAAGAAUCAUGCUGUGCUAGAAAUUUGAAACAAGGCUGCAGAACUGCUAUGGGUGUAGUGUUAGAGAAAUAGCUUGGGGAAAAAAACAGGGUACCAGCAAUUAUAUGCAGCAGUUACAAAUGACAUGGCACGUGUCGAGUGUUUAGGGUAGCAGUGAGGAUUGGAUGCCUUUUUGUGCUGCUGUAGAAGGGACACAGAAAAUGUCCCAAAGCAUUGCAGCCCUGCCCUUCCCAAUGUCCAGCUCAUGUACACUCACAACAUUCAUUUCAGUCAUAAGUGCUGUGCUCAAGUGUAGUAUUUGUAUUACCUAAACAGGACUUAAGUGUUUUAUGGUUAUAAAAAAGACUAUAUUUAUUUAAAGCAUUGCUUUUAUUUUGAAAAGCUACUUUUUAAAUUAAUUUGAUUAACAAAUAUACUAAUUUUCUGAACUUAACAAAAAGUAAUUGCUGAAGGUUUGACCAUUGGAGAAUCUUAUAUAGCUAUUGUGUUAAGUUAUUUUUGACUUCUUAAUAACACUAUUAUGUUCAUGUUGCACAUUACUGAGAGAGUAAAGCUAUGAAACAACUUUGACCCAUGUUUUUAAAGUGUUUUAACACAGGAGGUAACCAGCGAGACUCAGCGUGGGUGAGUUGCUUGUGAUAAGGUCCUGCUUGAACAGGAACUGUAUUAAUGCAAAGGUUGUAACACAGACGCCUUAAAUACCAUUUAAGUAAAACUUGCCAUAUUUGUUCAGAUCCAGGACUAAAUCCUCUGUUUAUCUCUCCGUUAGAUUAUGAGUAUGUAUUUAGCCUUCGAUAAGGUUCAGAGAAGGAGUGUCUGGUGUUUCACGCAAGGCCUGAAGCUCAGAUCAUGGUGCAUGGUCGUGUUUUGCCCUCCUGGGUUACCUUCUUUAUUUCAUCAUGGGUUGUGUUUAUAUUAAAAACAGCACUUGGCCUUUCAGAAUUUACGAUCAGGGAGGACGGAAAUUGUUAACCUAAUGCCACCAGUUGUGAAAGAAGCAGUCUUCAUAAGGCAUUCCUCUCAGAAGGUCAGAGUUGCUUCAGAAAAUGAGAGAAGGGCUUACUUUCUGUGCUGACGUUGCAAGAGGUACCACACAGCACUUGGUCUAUACACAUUUGCUGAACCAGAAGAUGGUGGCUGGACAGAAAUCCCAUAGCAUGCAGGCACAUACUUUCCAUACUAUAUUUAGCACUCAGAUCAUGUCCCGUGCCAGUCUCAGGCUGUGUCUCUCUGUGCUGAAAUACAAGAAGAAAAUUUUGCAUGCCCCAGAGAGCCCUGAGCAGUGGGGACCACUCCAGGCACUGGCACUUGCAGCCCCGCAGCUGGAGCAGCCCUGUGCUCCCUCCCGUGUGAAGAGAGGCUGGUGGCAAAAGUCCGUUUCGUCUUUUGUGCCCCUUUCAAAGUCACUGGGAGAGAAUGCUAGUGGUCACCAGAGUAAUAAAAAUUCAGCCUUGAAAGAGAAGACAUGGAAAAGAUCAUAUCCAGCAUUGAUGGCAUUACUGUAUGAGGGACUGCCUGGCCUGCCGGGAAGGGUUGCAUGACAUGCCUGGCUUCCUGCAGCUGUAAAACCUUCUCCUCGCUCCAUGUCAGUAUGAUUUGCCUCAUUUCCCACCUGAAUGGACAGAUAUGAUCUAUAGCAAUUACUUCUGCAGAAGUGAUGGUAGGAAAGGGUUUAUAGGUAUGCGUGGUUGUUCACAGUGUGUUUGGCAAGAGAAAUCAGAGAAGCUCUCAGCAGACCGGCAUGCAAAGAUGUCUGCUCAGGGAGUACAGGAAUGAAUUUACCUGGGUACUUGUUCCCACUCUGCCAUCAAGUCCUUAGUCUCUGUUCAGCACCGUGACCCAUGAGGGAAAGAGAAGACACGGAGGUUUCACUUGUAUUUUGCUUCUCGUGUACAUGAAGGAAUCCAGACAUGAGGCACAGGAAAGGAGGCUGAAUUAGUCCAGCCAUUCAUGGACCUUAUUAAUCUUAAAUCGGCAGGGAUAUUUUUUACCAAAUUUUACAUGCUGGCUUGACCAGCAGGACUGACCCCUUCCCCCUCCUUCUCCUGAGCUCGGCAUGAGUUAAAGCACCGUGCUUCUACACUUCUUUUUCUGUGUUGUUCUUCAUGGAUUUUAUUCCCCACUUUUACAGCAAUAAUGCAGCUUCCCAGUGCAAACAAGGUGAGAGCUUUGUGUGUUCCUCCUGAGAUUCAUCUCCCAAAAUAGCUCGUUAUCAGAUAAUUACAUGCACGGCGAGAGCUUUCCUGUAUAAUAAUCCAUCUCUUCCGUCUAUCAGUUCAGACUAAAACAUUGGGUCAUGGCCUCCUUGGCCUCCAUCCCAGUCCCAUUGCAGCAGACAGCAGCCGCACACAGGGGCUAACUCAGGAAGGGCCGUGAAGCAAAAAGGUGAUGGGGCUGCAGGAGCGCUCUCUUUUCCCCUCCUUCUGCUUGCUGUGGGAUGGGGUGUGUUGGUCCCAGCUCACGCUGCAGCAGCAGCAGCAGAUGUGUGCAAUCAAUAAAUCUGAGAUUUACUUCUUGUGAAGUUCAGUGCUUAGCAGAGGCAAGGUGAUUGUGAGAUAUGAAAACAUCUGGGCACUGUGAACAUGCACUUGGGAACAGAGGAUGAUUUAAUGGUGUGAGGCAGCGGGGUUCACUCCAGAAAUACUUUGAAUCUACUGGGAUGCAUGAGAAGUGGGUGUGAGGGCAGGAACAGCACUGAAGGAAGGGUUAGUGAAGGGGGGGGUUUGAUUUUGUCUCAUAUUCAUCCGCAGCUGACUGUGGCUCUGCUGGGGAGCAGCCCGUGCAUGAGGAGCAGGUGAGUGCCUGAUGUGGGAGCAGAGAGCUGGAAGAUCUGCGUGCUGGCUGUGUUAGCCACUGCUGCAGAAGCUGGGGAACUAAAUUCGGCUUAGAGAGGCCUGGGCCUCUCUUAUUGCUGUUUUGUGGGGCACUAAUAAAAUUAUUCUCCAAAUUCCAAAUGUGGGAGAAAAUCCUUCCCAUGUCUGCACCUAUAAUGCUUGGCUGUGUUACGGACAUCUUGCGAUGAGGAGGUAGGUGGUGGGGAUGGCUUGGAGGGGAGCUGUCUAGGUGGAGGCCUCACCAGGCACCAAGAUGUCCCCCUUCUCCUCCCAGGGCAGGUAUGAAAAUCCCAAGGUAUUCCCCACGUGUGAGAAUAAUCUGGCACCGUUCUUUGAGUUGCCUUUGUAUAGAUUCAGGCUGACUAGUCUUGUGUUUCCUUUCCAGAAUGGGUCCCUGAUACAAGAUGUUUCCUUUUUAAUGUAAUGUGGAGGAGCAUGCAAAUUCAGUAACCACGAUGUCAGCAGCCUGGCCAGAAAUGUGAUGCAAGAGCUAUCUCACCAGCUGUUCCUGCAACAAAAAAUAUUGUGUGAACAUGCCCUGAUGAAACGGGUCAGGUUUUAAAUGAGGAUUUUCUGUUCUCUUUGAUUACUUGAAGUAGUUUAUGAACAAUAUGUUGCUUUUGCAGAAAAUAUUCAUAGGGUAAUUUCAAGAGAACGUGCAGAAAUCAAAAUCCCUGCAGACUACACAUGAGCAGGAAGAAGUGUUAGAUUUGACAGCUGCUUGCUGUACACAGCGCAUGCCACUCUACUCUGGAAACUGGAAGAAAAAGGAAUGAUUGCAAAGGCAAGUUUGAAUUAUUGGUGGUGUUAGAAGUAAAUACCCAGUUAAACUGAGCAGCAGGGGCCCACUAAUGUAUUAAGACACAAAUACAGUGGGCUCAGGAAGCAAACGUGACACUUGAGGCCAAGAGUAAGCGUGCAGGGAGAGGAGGCGGAGGGUCGGUGUGUGCCAUGUGCAGGGAGGGAUGGGGGCUGCUGGGGGGCUGCGUGGGUGUGAGCUGGUUGAGAGCCCCCAGGAGCAGCCACCGCCCUCGCUGUGACACCGACAUGCAGAACUCACAAAACUGCUGUGCUUCAAUGAUACAAUGUGCCAUUAGCAGCAUUUUAGACGUUUCUGCUUGCAGUAAUGAGUGAGGUAUUAUUUUUUGUAAGAUAAAACUGAUGAUCAUUUUUGAGCCAAAAAGUCACCCUGACUGAAUGCCUGUAGUUCAUCCUUGGUCUCUGAAUUGAAUUUAAUCAAGAAUUUAGAAUAUGGGAAGAGACUGAAUAUGCCAAGCAAAGCAUUAAUUUCAGAUGGCAGCUGAAAAUGCGGCUAAAUAAGAUACUUAGACAUAAGGAUGGAGAUGAGCUUAGAAGUAGGCAAAGCCUGUAUUAAUCUGGUUUGUCUGGAAGUACAUAUGGGGAGAGUGGAAGAAUAUAGAUGAAUUAUUUGUAUGCUUUCUCAGAUGGGUCUGGUGGGCCAGCUACACAUAAUACAAUUAGAAAAGAGAUACAAAUUAUGAUUCAGACAGCAGGAGCUGCUGUGGUUAUUUAUGAUGCUGGUGGAUGGAGAAGGGUACUGGCAGCAGAGAGCAGCAGGAGCUUUGCAGUUGCAGCAUUAGCACAAAGGACAGGGUGAGUGAUGCUGCUGCUCUCUGCCACACGAAGCAAACAGGCCAAAGCAUCAGCUGCUGCUGUGUUUGUUUUGUAGCUGGGUUCUCUGAAACUGAAAAAUGAGUAGGUGUGCUGGAGAGGCAGAAACAAAAUAUUGAAGAACGUAUUGAUAUUGGCAAGUCCAUUUGUUUCUAGUGUUGAUGUACUUUCUAAAGCCAGCGCAGCGCAGCUACACUACUGGAAAAGAGCACCACUCAGUCUGAAUAUCUCACCUUGCUGCACAGAGACCGGGAGGUGACGGGCUGCAGCAGAAAUGCUGGGGAGAGGUGAGAGGGGCUCCUGAACAGCUGGCACAAUGCAGAGGCAGCAAAGGACAUUGCAGCGUGUGUUUUAUCUCCAGCAUGGGUCAGUACUGUUUGGUUCAGGUCUGUCCGUGUCCCUUAUGGCAACACGAGUUGCUCCUAUGUUUCUGGAAACCCUGCUGCAGAAUUUAGGGUCUGAGCAGAGGCAGGAUGUCUGCUGGUGACUGCCCAUGAUCCAUCAGCCCUUGGGACCUGCGUGUCAGGAGCUGUGAAAACAUCCAAAUGCACUGCCCGCCAGGCUGCUCUGCUCCUCUGGUGUUUCAGACCUGUGCUGCAUCAAAAGUUUUGCAAAGGAAGGUUGUGCCUGGGCUGAGGCCACCUGCAGAGCUCAGCCCUGGGGCAGUGUGGCAGGGCUGCCCCAGAACAGCUCUCCAGGAGCAGCCUUUGAGUCCGUCUGCCAGGCAGUGUGCUGGACGCAGGUAUUACCUUCAGCUAUUUGUCAGCACGCUGGGCUCUGGGAGUUGGCAGAGUCAACCUAGUUGCUGAAAUAUGAAAACCAUCUGCUUGCAUCUUUGCAUUUGAUACUUGCUUUUCUUGCUUUCUUUGCCUCUCCCACUGGGGGCUCUGAAAACAGUGAAUUUUAUUUCAGUGGUGUUCCCCUGUACUGGGAUGAAGCCAUGAGUGCACAACAAUUGAUGCCACUGAAUGGUACUGCUGAGUUCAAUGCUUCUACUUGUGCCAGGGUGCGUCAUUUCCAGACUAAAGGAGAUUUUGUUUGUUAUUGAUUCUAAGUUGAUAUUUCCUAUUAAGGUGACUGUAAUAAACCUGCAGCCAUCAUUCAGCUGGAAUUCUUUCCUCUCUUGAGGAGGCGCGUUAUUUGAGAACUGACACCAUGGUCUGUCACGCUCUUUUUGUGACUACAGGCUGCUGCUGAGGGAUUUUUCUUAAUGCUUAAAGGUCAUAAUUGACAUCAAAUGAACACAAAUGUCCACAGGAAAAUUGUUUCUACCAGGCAGUAAAUCAAGGACAGAAGAAAGUCUCCAAUGUGGAGUCAGACACCAGCAUUAAUGAAGACAGGAUGGCACCAGUUUUAAUUCUUCCAAUUAUUUAUGUGAAAUGGAUGUGAAAAUCAACUAAAUUGUAUUUAGUAAUGAUGUGCAUGGGAAAGAGCAUUAGGCCUGGUGAGGAAUUUUUAUAGGGCAGCCUUACACACUGACGUCCCUGGAUCCCAGCUAUCCAGAAAAAAAAAA